CAGUGUUGACUAACGCAAGCAUGGCCAACAACAAUGCAGAUUCGUAAACAAAACAUAUUUUUAUACAUAGAACAUUUUCAGAGACAAAAGACAAUAUCAAUAUGCGUAAAACGUGGGUAAAGCGGGAAAACAUAUACUUUAAGCCCUUCUACAAGCAGAAGUCUAAGAUGUUUCUGCUGCUCAUUUUCCUGGUCGGCAUAUCCUUCAUCGCGUAUCAGGCUUUCUCGCUGAACCAGCUGCCCGGAGUUCCCGCUCCGUGGAAUCUGCAGCAGAUCAAGCGGAAGCAUCAGCAGAUGAUCCAGUCGCUGGGCAGCAAGCAGCGCGACGUGGAUGACUUUGAUGGCGGAGGAGCGGAUGCACUAGCUCCAGCGGAGGAGUCCGCCUCCUCGGUUGCUGGCAACGAUGAGCCCAUCAAGAUUGUUAGGGGCACUCGGCUCUUCGACUACGACGCCUACAAGCCGAACUUUGAGGGCAAAUUCCGUUGUUUAGAUGGCUCUAAGGAAAUCCCCUUCGAUCACCUGAAUGACAACUACUGCGACUGCGAGGAGGAUGGCAGCGACGAGCCAAGCACAAAUGCCUGUGCAAAAGGAAGAUUCUACUGCCGCUACCAGAAGCGCCAUAUUACCGGUCGGGGGCUGGAUGUCUACGUGGCCAGCAGCCGGAUCAACGACCACGUGUGCGACUGCUGUGACGGCAGCGACGAGUGGAGCACGGCGGCCAAAUGCCCCAACGUCUGUGCGUAGUUGCAGGCUGGGUUUCUCCAGAUCCAGAGAUCCAACCUUCCACCACCUACACCUGUGCACCCAGGACACAAUCUCAAGGAUGAAGCUGUCUGGCGCAUCACAAGCGAUAUUUUUUGUACGAGUACAAUAGAUUUGUAAUUUAUUUUAAAAUAAGUAGAUUGAAUAAAUGAAAAUAAUUCCAAGAAA